AUGUCGCACCAUCUAUUCCUGCUGUCGCCGUCAGACACGCCAAUCUACAGCUUGACGCAUUACUCUAGCAAGCCAGCUCAAUCGACAUCAUAUCCAUUGGCGUCGAAUCUACCAACGUGGUCUACGUCUGCAUUCGCAGGGACGCUUACUGCGCUAUCUGGAGCAUCAAGUGCCACGCAGUCGCACCAUGUGCCUGGAGGGGGUGUGAAGAUGGGAGGAGGACAAGACCGGCAUGUGGUGCAGAUGAUUGCCAAUGCCAGCCUUGAUAACAUCGAAGAUGUGAUGCGGAGAGAAAAUGCGAUGUAUCUAAAGUCUGUGGACAAAUUCAACGAGUGGACGGUGUCUGCAUUCGUCACGCCUGGCAAUGUGAAAUUCGUACUGCUGCAUGAUCAAGCGAAGAACGAUGAGGGGAUCCGGGCGUUCUUCCACGAUGUGUGGGAGCUCUACGUGAAGACGAUGCUGAAUCCGUUUCACACCGCACACACUGUCAUACGGAGUGCAGCAUUUGAUGCACGUGUCAGGGCCAGUGCGAAAAAGAACCUCUGA